CACUGUUUGUUGUGUUUUGUACUGCUUGUCAUUAACCCUUGAUCUCUUUUUUAUAGCUUAAGAAAUACAGGGAGUAUAUGCCGUAAGAAACCCUUUUAUUUCUCAUUCCUCUCACGUCCAGUCUUCUGGGUUCAGUGCUGGAGGGGCUGCCUCACGGAGUGGCUGCUGAGCAGCAUAAGCAAUAUUAUACAAUAUACAAUUUUGUAAUAUAUUUGUCUACCUCAGCGUGCUCCUCUAGCGCAAUGGAGAUGAGCUGUGGUUUGCUGCAUGGCAUCCUCCAGUGAGCCCCUGGAGAGGGUGGCCCUGACUCUGCUGCUUACCUCUAGCAGAUUCGUCUAUUUGCAGGGUGGUGACAUUUUGUGCUCACCAGUGUCCUCAUAUUUCACAUCAUCUCAUGCCCUUUGUGUGCUGCCUUUGUAAAUCUUUAUUUUUUGAGAUCAAGAAUUCAUGAAUCAAAAGAUGGGGGAGUGGGGAGGCUGAGUCAGAUUGUGAAAAAGGAAAGCCAAGUGAGAGUGUGCAAUUGCUUAUCACAUUUACAAACAUAGUUUCAUUCAUUCAUCUCCAUAUGUUGCUCCUGUUACUACUAAUAAAGCUCUGGUUUCUCAGACUGGAGCUGCCCUGGAAACACUGAUUUUCAUGGGUUUUUUACUUUAUAGCCUCUACAGUAUUUGUGUUACAGUAUAUUAUUUUCCUAAUUACCUUUUCAUUACAUUGAACAUGUUAAUAUCAGAAAGAAUUUGAUAAUAUGAAUGUACUUCCCACACAAUCCCUGUUGUUCCUAUUAUUUGAUGUGCAAAGGAGUGACAGAUUAUAUACCAGCAGCAAUUUGUUUCCCUCUAUUCUGGUAAGAUUUCCUAAUUAUAAAAACAAAAAAGCUUUUUCCCUGAGUGCACACCCCUGUUUGCUUCCUCUUUCUUUCCUCAUCUUGCUAAUGAUAGCCGACUCCAUCAUGGUGAUUUUGGAGCUGCUGGAAAUCUAGCUUUGUCUACUGAAAGAUUUCUACAGAAACCUUUAUAGGCAAAGGGAGCCAGAGAGCAAGUCUGCUUUAAGCAUGAUGGUGACUGAGGUUUUCUUCUCUGGCUGGGAGGUGUAACUGUGGAGUGUAUAGUAAUUAAUUUAAUUCAAUGUCGAGAGAAAAGGGGGAAGAAUUGUUGUAUUCGGGAAAAAAUAAGAGUCUUAAAAGUAUCAGAUGUAAGACUUAAGCAGCCAUUUCAAUGACCUUUGUGAUUUCUAUUUCAGACAAAAGGCAGCAACCUAGUACAAGGGUAUCAUUUGUCUUCUCCCAGCCUCAUCCUUUGUUCUCCUUGGGUUUAGCCUGUCACUUCCUAGGGUUUGGCUCUGUCCCUUGUUGGGACAGCAGCACUUCUCACCCGUGACUCUCAGAAGUGCUGUACCAGCAGCUCCAACACCCAGCGAAAGAUUUCUCAGGAUGCCAGAGCCAGCGAAGUCAACCUCAGCCCCUAAAAAGGGCUCCAAGAAAGCUGUGACAAAGACCCAGAAGAAGGGUGAUAAGAAGCGGCACAAAAGCAGGAAGGAGAGCUACUCCAUCUAUGUCUACAAGGUGCUGAAGCAGGUUCAUCCUGACACUGGCAUCUCCUCCAAGGCCAUGGGCAUCAUGAACUCUUUCGUCAAUGAUAUCUUUGAGCGCAUUGCUGGAGAAGCCUCCCGCCUGGCCCAUUACAACAAGCGCUCUACCAUCACCUCCCGGGAGAUCCAGACAGCCGUGCGCCUGCUGCUCCCAGGAGAGCUGGCCAAGCAUGCUGUCUCUGAGGGCACCAAGGCUGUCACCAAGUACACGAGCUCCAAGUAGCCGGACAUCACCUCUGCAACGGGAUCAUCAAGCACCAGGCCCUCCAUGCAAGCACGGGUAAGCAGCCAUGGUCUGGAUAAACGUCACAGCUAUUAUCCACAGCAAUUUGCAGCCUUGGGAUGGGCAUGAAAAGCUGCCCAGUGGAAGAGGAGACAGUGAUCUGGAUGUCAGCUGAUUUUCGUAGUCUGUUCAGGACGUGGAAAGGAUUUGUCAAGGCUGGUGGAGGAGGCUCUUGCUUUCACAUCUCAUUCAAAGAACUGACCAACCCUACUGUAUCCAGUCUCCUCUGUGCUUGGCAAACAUGCCUGUUUGGCACUGGCAGGGGAGACUGGCAGAGGCACAAUCCCUGAAGUCUUCCCGUUUGACUGCUUUGUCACAGUCAUCUGAUAUGGGCACUGAGGAGUCAGCACUGGCAUCCUCUCUCUCAUAGCCUGGAUCCCUCCUGGUGUGCAGUGGCUCAGCCCACCCUGUGCUGGCAGAAUCAACAGCUACCAGGCACAUAUUGAUUCAACAGCUAUCUGGGCUUGACAGCCUGUUUUAAAGAGCAAGCCUGGCAGGCGGGCAGAUGCUCAAGUUGAUACCAAGUGCUAAUCCUCCUCAUUGCUCCCGAUGAAUGAGCCGUGGAGCAGGCUGAGGGUGCUGGCGCUGCCCACUGCCUCCACCUUGUGCCAAGGUGGAGAGACGGACAAGGCGGGAUGUUGGGACUGGGUCACUACCUUUCCUAGCUACUGCUUUGCCUGCUUUAGGACUUGCUUUGAUGUGCCAGACUUUGCUAGUUCUGCUGCUUUUCACAGACUUUUCCUGCCUUGACGCUGCCUGGGCACUCCCUUCCACUGUAAGUGUGGGUGAGAAGGGGUGGGGCCCAUGAGGGUCCCCUCUCCUGCGAGCUCCAGGCUGGUACAGGACAAACAUUACAGAAGUGUUGGGAGGGGACUGAGGAUUUGGGAAGGCAUCUUGUAUGGGAGCAGAGGUGGCUAGUGUGUUUUGGGGGGAAAGAGGCCGGCUCGCUGCAGAGAUCGCUGCGGGCAGCUCACCUGGCCCUGCCUUCCCUGCUUUGUUCAGCAGUUAGAAAGCAAAACCAAAAACUGGGGCUGGGUGGAUAUACAGGGACACUUGCCUGCAUCCCAGAUAUUUUGAAGAUUACUCCCCACAACUUCUCAAAGUCCACAGUAAGGUGAGCAAUAAUAGGAUCUUGUUAAAAGCCAUAGAGAUUAGUGGAGGAAUAUCUUGGUUACAGGUUUAUCUUGCCCAGACUGCUGGAUAGCAGAAGAGCAUGUGUAGCACUGGUGUGAAGUUGAAACUUCCUACUCAAAACACAAAAUUAGCCAACAUUUUUUAAAAAAUCAAAGUCUCUGGUAGGCAGUAAUGCUCAGAUAAAAAAUGUGCAUGUCUAAAAUAACAACAGCUUUCUGCAACUUAUUCUGUAAAUAAAAGGAACAGCAAAGGCACAGGAUCCAGAACUAAGUGCAGAUUCUCCCUAAACUCCAGGACCUUGUUUUUAAUUGAAAAGUAAAUUCAUACUCCAAAAUAGCAGCCUUGCAGUACAUGUCUAACUUUCCCCUGCAUUUAUCUCUAUCAUGUUUCCUUAUGCUUUGAGAGUGAUUGGAACCUUUAAAAAAUUUACAUUGCUUUUGGAGCUGUAGGACUCUGCAUCUCCAGAAGAUUCAGUUAUUCCUUGGUUUUAUAACAGCAUUGCAGUCAUUUUCCAGUUGGUCUGAGGAGAGGACUGCAUAGACCUGCUCAACCAAGAGCACCUCAGAAACGAAGAGCAGGCUGGGUGUGUGAUCUCUGUGCAGGAGUGAAGGUCAAAUUGUUUAUGGGCUGCUCCCAGCCCCCUGCAUUGGUUUGAACAUCCCACACUUGAAAAGGGACUUUCCUACUCCACUCUGCUCAGUGAUAACACACAGCUGUGUUUCAUAGCCUAAUGCCAGCAGGAAUCUCUGGUGAUAUCUCUCAGAAAGAGCAACACCUGGUUAGUUGGCUGCCAGGACCCACAAGGAUCUGCUCCCAGGAACAGCACCUGUACUUAGCAGUAUUGGUAACCUGGGCCACUUGGCCAGGACACUUUGGAGGUGACAGCUUACUCCUUACAUUUGUUUUCCAGUCAAAUAGUCUAAAUCAGAUACCAAAGAUUAAAAUGUACCUGCAGUGGGCCUAGAGCCAUCAGAAAUCCAAACACUGAAUGAUGCAUAAGGGGAAUAUAGGGAGUGAAGGGCUGGUUGGCAUUGCUGGAGCUUUCUUCUUCUGUCCCUUUGAGCUGCAGGUCAGAAUUCAUCCUCUUGGGAAGUCAUCUUGAAGGUAGGAAUCCAAAGUAGAAUAAACCCACUCCAGUCCAAGCAGUGUGUGUAGGCCAGGACACACAUCUCCUAAUAUUACUUGGCACAGCCUCUAAACCCUCACUCUUUUGAGCAGACCAGAGUCCUACUUCAGUCUCCACAAGCUGCAGGAAAUCAGGAAAACAAAAUGAGAUGUCAGUCCUCCAGGGUCUCCUGGGCAGCUCAGGAAUGAGGCUGGUCACUUGGGCAAGAGCUGCUCCCCCAUACACCUACUCAAGAGUACCAGUCCCAUUUGCUUCUGCCACUGUUGCCACUCUCCAUUUUUGGAGGUUGUUUCAGAGAGAAGAGAGACAGUGAUUUAAGGCUACAAAAAUACCUGAACACUUAAACAGGAUUUUUAUAUUGCCUAAAGCCAAGUGACUGAGACUGAUCACAUCCAUCCAUUUAUAGUCUAGGUUGUCCUUUCACACAUCAUUUGCUCUUCAGUCUCCCUUUGUAUUUUUUUUUACUCUCCCCUGACAUUGUGAACCACAGGACUGAGGAACUGAUCUGUGUUAAAACGAAACAUUUUUUUCCCCUUCCUUGAAAGCUUUGUUUUAACCCAGUUUUGGUGGCUGCUCUGUUCUUGUCACUGUUGUACAGAUACUUUUGCCAGCGUAAGGAAGGGAUGAUCCAGGAAGGGCAAGGCUGGUACAAGCUAGGACUGACACAAAAAGCAGUUGAGAAGUUAAUGGCCCCAGUGUCAAGAAAAAAUGAGGAAAGGAAAUCUGAGUCUCCCACAGGGGUCCAGUUAGCAGCAAAGAUGGGGCUUUUAAAUAUGCCACUGUGGGUGUUACCCUUGCAGUGUCCCACAAGCAGUUUCUCUGGCAGUCCUGAUGCUGUAAAUCAGGUAAAUCCCAUUUCUGCAGAUCCCAGAGGACUCAAGUGUUUCACAAGUGCAAGAGAGCAGGUUGGGAAGGGGACUCCGCUCCCAUGCAGCCACCCAGCUGUAGCAGUUGGAGGAUCCUUGUUCAGGCAAAUCUGAAAGGCAGCCUGCCCUUCCUACGUCUGCCUGCUGCUGUACAGGAGCACACUCACAGCAGUUUAACAGGAAUUAUUUUGAAUGUGAUGAGCUUGGACUGAGCUUUAAUAUUAGAGGAAAUAGAAGGUGGUCUAAAAGUUCAAGGAUCAAUUGUUCACUAAUCUGAGGUGUGACAUACUUCACAGUUCCCUGAUAAGGAGAUUUGCUGCAGAAGAGGGGUUCUGCACACCUGUGCUUUUAAAAUAAUACAUAUUUCCAGAUCUGGAAUUGAUAAAACAUUUUAAAACUGAAGAUAAUAUACCAAGCACCACUGUCCCUAUCUGAUUCCUACUACAGUCCCAGGAGCAUCUCUGGGCCACUCCUGUGUUUUGUCCAUUAAAAAAGUAAAUCAACUACAGAUUAAAAGUUGGAAAGGAAGAUGAAAAAUGUAAUACAACCUUCCUAUUUACCUCAUAUUAACCCCAAGGACAUCACAGCAUUGAGUUAUUUGUUUUCAUGUACAAAAGAGAUAAAACAAGCUGCUAUGUAGAUCUACUUCUGAUUUUCCACCCUGCUUCCCUAGAAGGGCUUAAAGCCCAUCUGCCCUUCACAGCAGAGCUCAACCUACAGAGGAAUUGAGUGGCCACCUGCAUGAAGGGUUGCUCCUGCUCAGGACAGACAGCAUGGUGAAAACAAGGGUAGAAACAAGUGUGGAGGAAAGUGCUUGUCCUGAACACCACUGCAUGUCCUAGGGAGGGACACUACAGAGGACUGCCCAGCAGAGCUGUGUGGCUGUGCAGCCUUCUGUUCUGGUGACAGGCAGCCAUGCAGAUAGCUCCAAGUCCUGACCACCCCUAGAGCAGAGCUUGGCAUGGCCUCUGCACAGUCCUGAGCAUUUUUCCCAUCGUAGCAUUUCCUGAUGGUUUACAUCCAGAUCAAAUUGUUUACAGGGAAAGGAAGAAUGUGAACUACAACAUAAAAAUUAUUUGCUGGCAGAGUUUUGAGAGCUUCCUGGGACUGGCACCUGGGGAGCAAUCUUUCAUGCUUACUUCAUGCAUCAUAUCUCGUGGGCUUAUGUACACAGUUUUUCUGACAGUAAAUGUUACAUCAAGUAUGAUUCAUGUUGCUGCUGGUUUAUUACCUAUCUUAGUGCUAAUUACCUGUUUUCUGUUAAAUGUAUAAAUAAAAUGUAAAUGCCAACCUGUUGGAAAUCAA